UAUCUAUAUAGUUGUAAGCCACUCCUUUAAGAACGUAGAGCAGAGUGGCGCAGCGGAAGCGGGCUGGGCCCAUAACCCAGAGGUCGAUGGAUCGAAACCAUCCUCUGCUAGCAUCUUUUCAUCUAUUUUGACUAGUUUUUUUUAAAAAAACACACAUUUACCCUUGGCAAACAAAACAUAACCGCCACCUACAAAGUUUAAGCAUCGAACCCGUGACAGGAACACAACGUCCGCACGUGAUCACUCAGAAGAAGACGGGGAUUCAUAGUCCAAACCCGAAGGUCAUACUGCUUAAAACUACACGAGCUGACAGAAAUGCAGACAUUUUUGUUAAAUACGUUUAGCAAGUGUGUUUAUUAAUUGUAAACAAGGACGUAGACCGGAAGUGAACGCGAUAUCAGGCCUCACCACAUAAUGACAGACCUUCUGUAUAUUAAAGGACCCUGCCCAUGCGUCCUCUCCCAGCCACCUCCCUCUUUCAUAGGCCUUUAUAAGCCUCAUACACAUUGGGGGGCACUAACUUCCAUCGAGGGACAGUACACUUGUCUCAAGAAGGGAAACUACUUUUGAAACCCAUCAGGGAACGCUUGAUCGAUCACAGCCAUGGAUAACCAUUCGUACAAUUUCCCGUCCGACUGUACCCCACUCACCAAUUGCAAAUCUGCCCGUAAACCUGGGGGAUCCACCGUGGUGAACAUGGGCAACGUUGGCAAAAAUCCUCCGCGGGACUAUCUGAUCUGGUCACUGUGCAACACCUUGUACGUUAACUUCUGCUGCCUGGGAUUCAUGGCUCUCAUCUACUCUAUUAAGGCCAGGGACCAGAAGACCCAAGGGAACCUGCAGCUGGCACAGGAGUGUUCUGACAAGGCAAAGUGGUACAACAUCCUGGCAGCCGGCUGGAACAUGCUGGUUCCACUCCUGGCGGUCGUCCUUCUUGUCCUCCUGCUCGUCCACCUGGGUUCAUCUAAGGGUUCUUUUGACUUCCUGGGAGAGGACGGCUUUCAGAACUUCCUCAAACUUUUCAGCUGGUAGACGCCGAUGUAUCUGUGCCAAAAUCAAGUCAAUACUUUCAAACAGGGGGUGGGAGAGGAGAGGAAUGGAUUGGAUUUAUAAGAUAAGUUAAAAGUCUACAUGAUAUUCAGAAUCUGUUACGUGUAUUCUCAAACAUCCUCGGCAGUAAAAUAAUCAUAAUUGGUAGAAAAAGGUUUGGGUUUGGGAAAAUUUUUAAGAUGUUCCCAACGAAACACCAAUAUUGAUGAUACACAUCAAAUUUUAUAUCAACAAAAAGCUGUUUGUUGUAUUUGUUUAGAAUGAUAAACCCAAACAUAAUAAUUUUCAGCCUAAACCGGCCAGCCUGGGCAGUUAUAUGUGAUUUUUGAGGGUUCCUUAGUGAUAAUGAGAAAGUUAAAGAAAGAAAGAAAUGCCUGAUCCCAGCCUGAGAGAUUACAAAAAUGCUAUUUAUUAUAUUUAAGAUUCUCUGAAAUUUUUAUGGGCGCUGUCUCUAGUCACCAAAGACAGGGGAGAGAAGAGAGGGAACCAUGGAGCCACAGUCUGACUAUCAUGACGAUCAGAAGCCACUUUACAAAGGACACUUUCAUUUAACUUUAAGUUUUUUUUUAC